AUGUCGACUGAAGCUUCGGAAAAAGCAUCAAAUAGUUCCACCAAACGUAAUGUUGCUUUAAUUACUGGUAUUACAGGACAGGAUGGAAGCUAUCUGACUGAAUUUCUACUUGAGAAAGGAUACCAAGUUCAUGGUGUUAUUCGACGUUCCAGUAGCUUUAAUACUGGUCGUAUAAAUCAUCUCUAUGAAAAUCCUUCAUCGCACAAAGAAGGAGCCAUGAAAUUACAUUAUGGUGAUUUAAAUGAUAGUUCAUCACUCGUUAAAUUAAUUGCUAGUAUUAAACCAACGGAGGUCUAUAAUUUGGGAGCACAAAGUCAUGUUAAAAUUUCGUUUGAGCUAAGUGAAUAUACAGCUGAUGUUGAUGCUGUUGGCACAUUACGUAUAUUAGAUGCUAUUCGAACAUGUGGUCUUGAACGAGAUGUACGUUUCUAUCAAGCAUCAACAUCUGAAUUAUACGGAAAAGUUCAAGAAAUUCCUCAAAGUGAAACAACACCAUUCUAUCCUCGAUCACCUUACGCUGCUGCAAAAUUAUAUGCAUAUUGGAUAACAAUAAAUUAUCGUGAAGCCUAUAAUAUGUUUGCUGUUAAUGGUAUUCUUUUUAACCAUGAAUCACCACGACGAGGUGAUAAUUUCGUAACGAGAAAAAUUACUCGAUCUGUUGCAAAAAUUUUUUUUAAUCAACAGCAAUCGAUUGAACUUGGCUCGUUAGAUUCUAAACGUGAUUGGGGACAUGCACGCGAUUAUAUUGAAGCGAUGUGGUUAAUGUUACAACAAGAUACACCUGAAGAUUUGGUUAUCGCAACAGGAGAAACACACAGUGUCCGCGAAUUCGUUGAAGCAGCAUUUCGAGAAAUCAAUAAAGAGAUUGUAUGGGAAGGUGAAGGUGUUAAUGAAAUCGGCAAAGAAAAAGAAACUGGUAUUGUUCGUGUGACAGUUAAUGCUAAAUACUUUCGACCAACGGAAGUUGACCUUUUAAUUGGCAAUCCGAAAAAAGCUGAAGAAAAACUUAAUUGGAAACCAAAAAUUACUUUCAAAGAAUUGGUGAAAGAAAUGGUUGCAGCCGACAUUGUACUGAUGAAAAGAGAUCCAACAGCUUAA